AUAAUUACUAGUUACAAGUGAUCUUAGAUAUAUAUAUCUCGAAAUUAAACCCCUGCCCCACCCCGGGCCGGGGGCACCAAACAUAAAGAUGUGACGUUGUGUGGUAUAUAAGGAGAAGAGAAUCAGUGAAGAAGAAUAAUUCAGCAUAGAUGUGUAGUGCAUGGCACUAAUUGGACAAACUGAGAUCUAAAAUUAACAGUAGUAGGUAGCAGUACUAGUGGUGGUUUGUCAAAUAUUUGGCGUUGUAUGUGUUGAUGAUGGGAAAAGGGAGAGCACCAUGCUGUGAUAAGAGUAAGGUGAAGAAGGGUCCAUGGAGUAGUGAAGAGGAUAUCAGACUCAUUGCUUUUAUUCAGAAACAUGGUCAUCAAAACUGGCGAUCCCUCCCUAAACAAGCUGGGCUGCUGAGGUGUGGGAAAAGUUGUCGUUUGAGGUGGAUUAAUUACCUAAGACCUGAUGUAAAACGAGGAAAUUUCACCCCUCAAGAAGAGGAAACUAUCAUCAAAUUGCACCAAUCUUUUGGAAAUAAGUGGUCAAGAAUUGCGUCUCAUUUGCCUGGAAGAACGGAUAACGAGAUUAAAAAUGUUUGGAACACACACUUGAAGAAACGACUCAUGAAAAGGUUGCAUGGGGAUAAAGCAAAAUUAGACGGUACAUGUGCUAAUUCACAAUCUUCCUCUUCAUCAACUUCAGUAGUAUCACAUACUGAUGAUACUUCCAAUGAGGGAAAAUUCAAGAACGUAGACGCCAAUAUGAUAAUUACCAAAGAAGAAGAAGCAACAAAAUCCUGCUCUCCUACUUCUUCCUACGCCUCAAAUCUCUCAAAUUUGAGCCAAGUUCAUGAGGCUUCAAGUCCAAAAAAUGUAGACAUGGAUUGGAUAUUCCAAUUCAGUGAGGAGCCUUUUCCAAGUAGUACAGCGAGAAAGGUGCAUGAUGACGACGAUGAAGGGAUAAUUGAAAUCCCAUUGGAAUGUGAUGUUGAUUUUUGGGACAUGUUAGAUAUUAUGGGCCCUUCUCCUCCUCCUCCUCCUCCUAAUUCACAAUCCAAAUUGGACCAUCACUCUGAAGCGUCUUGUCAAGGCUUGUCAGAAUUCGAACGUCAAAAGUGGUUCACAUACUUUGAACGUGAAUUGGGUGUUUGAGACACACUACUACAUCCAAUAAUUAAAUUGUUACCAUCCAGUGCUCUAACGUUACACUAUUAAUUAGCCCCUAACGAGAAAGUCCAUCCUCCUAUUACACACUAAGAAAAACUUUAUUUUGUGCCUCAUAUACAAUUUGUGGCAUGCAAUUGUGUGUGACACACAAAAUAAAAAUUAUAUUCAACUUUGGUCGUUCAAAUAUUAAUACUGCUAGCAUCUAUUAGCUAGCUGGAGAUUAAUACACACCUCCGAGUAUAUGUAGUUGUCAACUCUUCAUGUUUUUUGUUUUCCCCCUAUUUUAAAGUAAUCUAAGAGUCCUGCUUAUAUAGAAGCGUUCAGAAUUCAAGAUUUAGGUUCAAAUGUUAAUAGUCUAUACCAUAGAAAAAUUAGUGUAAUUUAAAUGUACGUGUGCAUCUCCACACCAAGAAGUAGUUGAAAAACCGUUUGUUUCUAUUUUAAAAGUAUACUACUUGAUUAAUCAUUUAUAUACUUGUUUAUGUGUAAUAUAUAACAUGAGUUGAUUUUGAAAGGAGCAAGCUAAGACUGCUACAAGUACACAGGUUCAUUAAUUUACCAUUUGACAAACUCAGGCCUUGAUGAAUCAAUGUUUGAGUAGUCUACUCUCACCUUUUAAUUUCCUUUGUAUAUAGACAUAAAGAGAACCAUUAAACUAAGAAA